AUGCCCGUCCUGAACCCUUUUCUGCGCGCACUCUUUCAGAGUAGUGUGCUAGGUCAUGCGCUCCCCGCCCAAAACUAUGUCCUCCUCGUCCCUACGACCGAAUCCCUCCUUUAUGGCCAAGACCGCGAAACCAACAAGAGAUACGCUGACUAUGUCGAAGACGAAGAUUUCCUUGGGAGCCAUAUCCUCCGAAUCAUCCCUGCGGCGGUGGAGAAGGAUGGAAGUGUCCGCGACAGUCGUGGCAAGGCGAAAAACUACUCGACGGUCAAUGGGCGCACUGUGAUUCUGAGGGAGAACACUGUGUACAGUAACAAGGGCUUCAAACAUUUGAAUCAGGCGACCUUGUUGAGUGAUUUGCUCUACUAUUCGCCGGGAAAUGAUAUGCAACAAUGGCUUGUCUACUACAUCUCGAAACCGCUGACUGGUCUCUUCGAGGCGCUACCUAUCAAGCCUGCAAUCAUCGGGGAGACCAGAAUCAGUCAAGCCGGACCUGGCACCUCAUCCUCAUCUCCCGCGCCUCCCACCCCAAAAAAGAAGGAUAUUAAGACCUUUGGUCAAUUGCUGGAAAACUUUCCGAUGAUUCAGCGACAAAUGCAGCCCGGCCUAGAGAGGUUGUUCAAUGAGUUUAGCAAGGAGCUGGGAAAACCUCUUCCUCCGCCGCCUUCGCGCAGCCCGACACCCAGUACAUUGGACGGGACGACCCAUGCUUCGGAAACUGGGUCUCUCAAAUCGAACGGUUCCGUCAAGUUGCCGUUCAACUCUCCCGCCUAUUUCGAGGAUGAGGAGGAUCUCAUGCGGACAGCUCUAGAGACCGCCGUCACGGCUGCGAUCGACUUGUUUCAAGGAGUUGACAAGCAACAGCUUUCCUACCUAGGUGCGACAACCGAUUUAACCGGCCCCGACGUGGAGAAAUUGAUAGAGCGAUACGUGGCAGAGUAUGUCCAUGCCACUCUCUUAUUUCCGCGGUUAUGUGCGUUUCACAAAGCGCAAGAUCAAGAACUUGAUCGGCGAAUACGACAGAUGGAAUGUUUGGAUGUCUCCCAGGUUGGGAUAGUUAUUGAAGAUGGUAGAAACGGCAAAAGGGAUCUCAUCAACCGGGUCAGUCGUGGUGUCGCUGUGUUUCGAAGGAUGGGUGUUGCCGGUAGUCCUCAAGAAAUGCUCGACAUCCUUCUCGAAACCCAAAAAGUGGUGUCGGAGCCUCAAGGUAUUUCAGAUGAAGAAAAACGGGCGGUGGCUGCAAUGACAAUUAAUGCAGAUAUUCUGGUGUCGAUGCUCCUCCUCGUGGUUAUUCGCGCCUCGGUCAGACAUCUCCAGGCGAGAUUGUCUUAUAUGCAGCGCUUCAUUUACAUUGACGACGUCGAAAGUGGCGAGAUUGGCUAUUCACUAAGUACUCUGGAGGCUGUCCUGACAUAUCUCGCAAGAGAUGCUGGUGGCUUGCGAAAGGCGUCAAAGCAAAAUCAGUUGCUCUGGAAAGCUGUGAAAAGUGGAAAGGUCGACGAAGUCAGAUCAAUAUUCGAAGAGUCAGCUAUCAUGUCAGAUGACCUUGUGGAAGAACCUGCAGAAAUUCCCUUAUCAAGGAUGACAACAGCCUCAACUAAGUCCUCCGAAUCAAGAGGACAGUUGUCGCGAACUUCGUCAAGCGAGGGUGGUCUGUCCCACGUGUUUCCUUUUCAGGCAGCCGAGAGAAAGAGCCUCCUACCCAAGCAGAAGAAGAAGGUGCAGAUGGCAGCUAGGAGCAUGUCAGUUUCUUCGGCAUUCUCCCAUUUGUCUAGGGCUGCGACAGUCGAAACGUCGCUGAGCGGGAUCGAGGGUGACACAUCGGUGGAGAGUCUCGCUCAAACACAAGAUGCCGUAGGAAAUUCGGUCUUGAUGAUGGCAGUCGAAAGCCAACGACCAGAAUGCCUUCAAUACCUGUUGAGCCUCGGCGAACAUUACAGGCCAGAAGAAGUGCUGUCAGAUGUCACUCAGGAAGGAGCAACAUUAUUGAGCGCUGCAGUACAACUGGGCAAUAUGGACCUGGUUGAUAUCAUUCUCGACUAUGCCGAGCGACACACCGAUGAACAAAUGUUCCGCGAGUAUCUGUCUGUCAGGGAUUCUCGGGGACGGAGCGUGGCACAUUAUGUGUUUAAUACGCCUCAACUGAUCAAAAGACUUGCAAAUGUCCUUCCCUGGCGGCAAAAGGAUAAAAUUGGCCACACUCCGUUGUUUGCCAUUUGCCGCACUUAUGACCACCCUGACUACAGCAGUAUGGUUUCGGAAGCCUUGAUAGCUGCAAAAGAAGCUCAACAGGAUGGCGGCCCGCUGCGUAUGGAAGACCACAUUGACAACAAAGGCAACUCCUUGCUCCAUAUAGUCAACGAUGCCACCAUCAUGCAACGGAUCCUGCAAACUUGCGAAGUCGACCUGAACGCUAUGAAUGACAAGAAGUUUACUCCAUUGAUGCUGGCAAGCAAAUACGGGCGAGUCGACAUGGUUCGGACCUUCCUGAGUGACCCAAGAAUUGAUCUGCAUCUGCGGGAGUCUCGCGGGUUGACCGCCGUAGAACUAGCGAAAGAUGACGAGGUGCGGAAUCGAAUUGACGAUCUCACAUUGUUCUCGCCUGCAAAUACAGCCGAUGUCACGGGAAGAAUUACAGCGAUCGUCCGGUCAUUCUUCGUGGAGGACGGUUCGACAAGGUUUGUCCUCAAGUCGGGCGCCCCGAAUCCUGCGGUCUCGAGCACGACCUAUACCAUCACCACAAGUCGGCGCUCCUUGCAGGACUUCGAAAAUCUGGCGAAAUGGCUCCUCAUGGACUUCCCAGCGUCUUAUAUGCCGACGGUCCUAGCCUCGAACUUCCGCAAUCCUUUUCAGCUACACUCGCGACCGUCGCGCGCAGCUCUGUACGAUACACAAACCCAUCUUGACCGAUUCCUCAAAAUUCUAUUGAGACAUCCUACUUUCUCGACGCACGAGAUGCUCUGGGAGUUUUUCCUCGUCCCAGAUAUGCUGCAAGAACAGAUGGCCGAUCGAGCGCGGCUAAAAGCGGAACUCAUACAGGAAAAGAUCAACGAUGAAUAUGAUCCCCUGAUAUCCCGAGCGGAUAUGAAUGCCGUUGACGGUCUGGUUUCUCACUCGAGAGACAUUGUGCGGAAAAUCAAUAUCUGUACGAGAUCGGCGAUUCGUAAGGGUCACGCCUACGUUCAAGCACAUGCAGAUUUUGCAGAGGGGCUGAGUUUAUGUUCGGUGGCGUUUGCGACCAUGGGGGCGCCCGCGACGACCCUGUCGAAGAUGCAUGUUGAUACCUUGCUGAAAUUUGCGGCCUUGAUGCAUUCCGAGCCGGCGAGUUCGCCUCUGCAGAAUUACAUUUGCAGUUUGAGCUCGUUUCACUCGACGGUUGCGGCCGUGCAAUCCGCGCUGUUGAAGCCGAGCGCGUUGAUCGACCGGAUCAUAGCAGCUCAAAGAGCGAUGGAGAAGGACAAAUCAAACUUGGUCAACAAUUCCAUCCCUAGAAAAGGAGUCUUGAAGAACAUCAAUCUGCCAUUUCCGGGCACAGAGGAGUCGCGCAUAAAGACAGUUAAAGAUACAGAGAAGAAGAUCUUGGAAAGAGGAUUGGAAAUUGAGAGGCUAGGUAGAGAAUUGCGCUAUACCCAAGAGGUGGUUGUAGGAGAAUUGGCGGGUUGGACGACAUGGAGGCAGGAAUGGGGCAGGGGCGAGAUGAAGAGGCUCGUCAGAGGGAUUGUGGUGAGGGAGAGGGAACGGUUGAAAGGCAUGCAGAGAGCCCUCAGGACGUUGAAGGGGAAUUAA